AUGCAUUCUAUACUAAUGCUGGCAACAUUAGGAAUUUCGCUGUGCAAUGGACGUCUAGUACUACAGAACGAGUACCCCAGCUCUUUUGAUAGUUUAGUACGUGAAAUGGGGUCUACAAUUCUCUUAAAGGAAUUUGGCAAUUGCAAGUGUAUAAUUGCGUUGUCGGAUGUUCCAGAGAGUUUAUCGUUCUUAAAUCCGUGGUUCCCCACAAUAAUACGAGUAUCGCUGGUCAAUGGAGACGUUCCUGUACAGCGCCUCCUGGUGUCCGCUCUGGACGCUGACUGCCGAGGGUUGGUGGUUCGAUGUCAUAAUGCCACCGCUGGUGUCGACCGAUUCCUCAAGGCAUCCAAGCUGGCCGUCACCCAAGUACACCGUCGUUUACUGGUGCUGCCGGUAGCUAAGUUUCCACACAUUAACGUACCUGCACUAUUCUCUCUCCGCAGCAUCGACAAUGUACCCGACAUUCUAGUGGCUAGAAUGGUGGAUAGUGAUGAAAGCUUUGAAUUGGUAACACUGAGGUUGACCGGGGAAGAGACGUGGCGUGACGAGCUGGUGGUGGCACGGUGGCGGCGGGGGUUCGGCUUCAACCCGCCAUCUGCGGUCCUCUAUCGCGGCACAUUGGCAGACCUACACGGGCGUCGGCUGAUACUUGGAGUAGUCGACUACCCGCCAUAUGUCAUACUCAACCACGACGCUAAUGUAUUCGAUGGUGUUGAGACACGCAUCAUUUUAGAGUUUGUCAAAAAGGUGAAUGCAACGUGGAGCCUGCUUGAAGAUACAACGUACAAGUGGGGCACAGUAUGGGAGAACGGCUCUGGAAACGGUAUGCUGGGCGCCGUGGCGGUGGACGAGGCGGACCUGGGGUUCGCUGCCCUCUACGCCUGGUACCCCGAGUACCUGUUCAUGGAGCACUCGCGGCCCUAUAUUAGGUCCGGCGUCACGUGCCUGGCUCCGCGGCCGCAGCUGUUACCUGGCUGGCAGGUCCCCAUCCUGCCCUUCUCACCUGCCCUGUGGGCGGCCGUCGGUUGCUCCGUGGUUUUCGCCACGGCUGCACUGUACGCUGUGAAGAAACUAUCGGAUCGGGUUCUUGGUACAGGCGAUGGGCCGGCAGGCGGGCGGUACUCGACGGUGGAGGACUGCUUCUUCCGUUCUUUGGGCCUGCUGGUGCUACAGACGCCGGACGUGGAGCGGCGCCACACUCGUGUCGUGGGCCCCACGCGCCACGUGCUGUCCUGGCUGCUGAUCGCCUACUUGCUCCUCACCGUCAGCUACGGUAGCGGUCUCUCCUCCGUGCUCACUGUGCCCAGAUAUGAGCCUCCCAUAGACACCGUGGUUGACUUGCAUGACAGUGGGCUGCAGUGGGCACAAAUCGACAUUGCGUUCCUCAACUCCCUCAUCGGACUUACAGAUCAAAUCUACCUGGACCUGAUAGAGCGUUUCCGUGCGCUCACACCAGACAUCAUGCGUUCUCGGGUCACCACACGAGACUUGGCGAUUAUCGUCGAGAGACUUCCUGGAGGAUACUUUACCAUUGGUGACUAUAUCGACGAGGAAGCUCUGAGCAAUUGGUUGCGACCAAUGCGUGAAGACAUCUACUGGGGGCAUGUGGUGUCUGCUGUCCGCAAAUGCUGGCCUUACCUCGAGCAGCUCAACGACAUCAUCGACAGACUCUUCGAGGCUGGGAUUAUAAGCGCAUGGCUGGGAGAGGUAUUUCGCAAGUGGCAGGUCCCACGAGUGCAGCUGGCGGCCCAGGUAGGGUUGCGCUCGUACGCGCAGGCGCCCGAUGGACCAAUCAAGCUGCAGCUGACCCACGUGCAGGGAGAGUUCGCUCAGCUCAUCUUCGGUCUCAUCCUGUCGCUGGUCGUGUUCCUGCUGGAGAUCGUCUGCCACUGGAAGACUAUCGGUGCCACUGGGUUCCAGCUUAACUCCACGAUUAAGGUGUCACUCAAGAUGAAUCGUCGAGAGCGUUCUCUGAAGGAAUAG